CCCAGAAAAAGCAGACGUCGCUGGUCACAAAUCAACACAAACAAAAUUCUGUCAAAAAUCUAACUACUGUUUACAUUUAUUUUAUAAUUGUUAUGUCUUACCUUUGAUUCUAAUAAUACGUUUAAUUACAAAUAAAUAAUGUCUCAUGUUCAAUAUAUUGAUGAAUUAUUUAAGGAAUACCUGCUUUUUAGGGGAUUUACACAAACAUUAAAAUCAUUCGAUAAUGAAGUGAAAAUGGAAAAGGAAAAAGGUUUUCGGGUUGACAAAAUUGUUGAUCAAUUAAUGCAGCAUAUAUAUAAUUAUGAUCUUUUAUCUCUACGUGAACUGUGGGGACAUUUAGAUAGAAGAAUGUUUUUAAGAUUGGAAAAUCAUUUUAUACCAGGAAUAAAAAAAUUAGAAAAUUCAGUGCUAAAAAUGUAUCUUGUUAAUGCCGCAGUGAAUAACAAACAAGAUCGUAUUCAAGAUUUUUUUAUUAAAUUGGGAUCAGAAUUACAAGGACAAGUGGAAUGGAAAGAAUGGUUUGCACUGCCGUUUGUCAAAAAUCCUGAAGAUAAUCCAAUUUAUUCCGUUUACUUUAGUCGUCACUGGCAAGAAACUAUGCUAGUUUCAUUACAUAAUUUUAUUGCAACAAUUUUUCAGUACAUGCAUUUACCAACAUUACUAACAAUCGAUGAAGAUACAAAUAAAUUUAAAAGAUUACAAGAAGAAAAUGAUGUUUUGAGACAAAUAUUAAGUGAACUGACAAAAGGAGAAAGUUUAGCUGAUGUAAAUUCUGGUUCAACACCUCAGCAACUUCCAAUCAUGGAUGACUUUUAUAUUAUUGCACAAGAAUCUCCCUUACUUGACAAUCCUAAAUCAUUGAAGAGUUUAAUUAGAAAUAUUGGUGGUGGAUCGAGUCCAAUUUUAAAUAGAAAAUCUCAAUCUAGUGUGAAAAAAUUAGGUGAUUCUGAAAUUGCAAUUACGAAACGAACAAAUGUGAAAGGAAGAUUGACAUCUUUGAAUAAAUCAGAAGUAAUUAGUAAAAGAAGUAUAAGCUGUGAUUCGAGGCUCACUAGAAAAAGAGAUUCAUCUGUGGACGCUGAAAAUAAGAUAAAAGAAAGAAUAGACAUUAAUUAUUCUCUAUUGACACAAGAAGAAUAUUUAGAACAUAAAACUUCAAUUCUUCAAUGUAAAUGUAAUACCAGUGGAUCUUGUGUUGCCACUGGAGAUGCUGAUGGAGUUAUUAAAGUUUGGAUGCCAACUUCUACGCCAAAAACAAUAGCUACUUUUUCUGCAUCAGCUGUAAAUUUUAAUAAAGCAGUUACAUCCUUAGAUUGGAUAUCAAAAAAUGAACGUUAUUUUAUACAUGGAGAUAAUCAUGGCCUGAUUCAAUUACAUGAUACUCGUGAUUGCAAAACAAUAUGGAAAAUUCAACAUGAAGGAUCGCGUGUUCUUAAAUUAAUUUGCAAUCCUGCGGAAUCUAAUUUUGUUGUCUCAUUGUCAGAUUCAAAUGAGGGAAAACUACUUUUGUAUGAUAUUAAAACAAAAAAAAUUGAACGAACUCUUCCAAUGGAAAAGAAUUUAAAUGCUCUAUGUUCAACAUUUAAUCAUAAUGGACAACUACUAAUUACAGGUCUUUCAAAUGGCAAUGUAUUGAUUCACGAUCUUAGAAGGAAUGAAGUUAUUGAUAAUUUUAAUUGCUAUUCAAAUCCAAUUAUUGAUAUUGAUUUGGUUAAUGAUUUUACAAAUAUUUGUACAUUAAGUGAAGAUGGUAAAUUAUGUCAAAGAAGCUUGAAUCAAACUAGUAAAGUUUUAUGGGAAUCGAAGGCUAAAAUUGAAAAGAAUGUUGUGAGGGGAAAAAUUUUUUGCUUUGAUCAAAAUGGCAGUAAUAUGUUACUUUGUACACAAAGCGGUGGAAUUAUUUGCAAGGUGCCACCAUCAAAUCAAGGAAAAGUUUUGCAAUUGGGGGGACAUAAAGGAACAUUAUGUUGUGAUUGGUCUAACAAUAAUCAAACAGGAAUAUGUAUCACGGGUGGUGCAGAGGGCAAGGCAAGAGUAUCUACAUUACAAGCUCACUAAAUGGUUAAAAAAAAAAACCUACUUUAGAUUGCAAAUUUUUAAUUAAUUUUAAUCUAUAAUUAUAGUUUUCUUUAGUUCAAUGAUGUGAUAAUAUUAUGUAAUAUUUUGUUAAUUUUAAGUUUAAAUUAUUUUAAUGUAUAUUAAUUUAAUAUAUUUAAUUACUUUAAAUUGUACUGUAAAACAUUUUUACUGAAAAGCUUAGUUAAUUUUUGUAAAAUACUGAUUUUAAAAUAAAUAUUUUUUCUAUUGGUGAAAACAA